AGGGACCUGAGGGAAGGAGACCAAGGAGGCCCCAGAAGAGCCCGAGCAGCGAGGUGGAUGAAGGGCCUCAAAAGCUAUAAGUGGCCGCGCCAGGGCCUGUGCCUGGGUCUCUGGCCAUGCUACUCCUUGGGCUGCUACUGCUGACCGCACUGGCCGGCACCCGCCUGCUGUGGAACAAGUGGAAGUACAGGAGCCUCCACCUCCCACCUCUUGCCCCCGGCUUCCUACACCUGCUGCAGCCCGACCUUCCCAUCUAUCUGCUUGGUCUGACUCAGAAACUGGGCCCUGUCUAUAGGCUCCGCCUCGGGCUGCAAGAUGUGGUGGUGCUGAACUCUAAGAGGACCAUUGAGGAGGCCAUGAUCAGGAGAUGGGUGGACUUUGCUGGCAGACCCCAGAUGCCCUCCUAUAAGCUGGUAUCUCAGCCCUACCAGGACCUCUCACUAGGGGACUAUUCCCUGCUCUGGAAGGCUCACAAGAAACUCACCCGCUCGGCCCUGCUGCUGGGCAUCCGCAACUCCAUGGAGCCACUGGUGGAGCAGAUGACCCAGGAGUUCUGUGAGCGCAUGAGAGCCCAGGCCGGCACCCCUGUGGCCAUCCAGAAGGAGUUCUCUUUCCUCACCUGCAGCAUCAUCUGUUGCCUCACCUUUGGAGACAAGGAGGACACCUUAGUACAUGCCUUUCAUGACUGUGUCCAAGAUUUGAUGAAAAGCUGGAAGCACUGGUCCAUCCAAGUUUUGGACAUAGUUCCCUUUCUCAGGUUCUUCCCCAACCCGGGCCUCCGGAGGCUGAAGCAGGCCUUGGAGAACAGGGACCGCAUUGUAGAGAAGCAGCUGAAGCAGCACAAGGACAGCAUGGUGGCAGGCCAGUGGAGGGACAUGACCGACUACAUGCUCCAAGGGAUGGGGAAGCCAAGAGCAGAAAAGGGCCAUGGACAGCUCCUUGAAGGACACGUGCAUAUGUCUGUGGUGGACCUUUUCAUUGGUGGCACUGAGACCACGGCGACCACCCUCUCCUGGGCUGUGGCGUUCUUGCUUCACCACCCUGAGAUUCAGCAACGACUGCAGGAGGAGCUGGACUGUGAACUGGGCCCUGGGGCUUCAGGCUCCCGAGUCCCGCUCAAAGACCCUGCACGGUUGCCCUUGCUCACUGCCACCAUCGCUGAAGUGCUGCGCCUGCGGCCUGUUGUGCCCCUGGCCCUGCCUCACCGCACCACGCGGCAUAGCAGCAUCUUAGGCUACGACAUCCCUGAGGGCACGGUUGUCAUCCCCAACCUGCAAGGCGCCCACUUGGACGACACAGUCUGGGAGCAGCCACAUGAGUUCCGGCCGGAUCGUUUCCUGGUCCCAGGCACCAGACCGAGAGUGCUGGCCUUUGGCUGCGGAGCGCGAGUGUGCCUGGGCGAGCCGCUGGCACGCCUUGAGCUCUUUGUGGUGCUGGCGCGGCUGCUCCACGCCUUCACGCUGCUGCCCCCCAUGGGCCCGCUGCCCUCUCUGCGACCCAGGUCCCACUGUGGCAUCAACCUCACAAUGCAGCCUUUCCAGGUGCGGCUGCAGCCCCGGGGAGCAGUGGCCCUGGGGCUGAGCCAGCACCAGUGACAGGGCAGGAUGCACGCCGGACACAUGCCUCAGUUUCUCCUUUUAUUACUCCCGUACAAACCCCUUCCCUCCCCCCCCUGUAAACAUGGUGCUGUGAGAUCGCUGACGGAGAAGGCUCCCUCCGGUGGCUGGAGAGUGAAGGUGGCCCCUGGCUCUUCUCUCAGCGCGACCCCUCAGUGCUCGGCAGUCAUACUGGGGCGCCGGAGAGGUGAGCAGUGGUCAGCCUUCCCGGGCCGCUGGGGGCCGGUAGCUUCUUGGUCUCAGCUUCAUUUCCGUGAAGGGUACAGAGAACUCGAAGCCUUUCCAGUAGUACCAGCUCACCCCCUGGGCGAGGAGUUGUUGAGACGGAGUCAAAGGCAGACAUCCCAUUGGCUGCCACCACCCCCUUCUCCCCCCCCGCCCCUCCGGGGAGAUGGUUCCCAGAAGUCAAUCGCCCUUCCUCUCCCCCACCCGCUUCAAUGAUCCUCAACCGCAAAGACUGAGGCUUAAUCUGGGCUGGCCCUUCACACCCAAUAAAGCGUGCUCAUUUCCCCCUUCAGAUAA